CCUAGUGGCGUAAUCGUCUUCUGCUAUGAAUUAAAUAACACUCCAGAGGGAGCAUUGUAAGUUUGGGCCGCGAACCAGCCGUACCUAGUCACUUUUGACACGCGUUGAAUGCAGCCUAGUUUUUGGUAAUUCCAAUGACUACUUGGGUCCGAAAUCCUAAAAUACUCCUCAGAAAUCCCAAUUUCAUAUCUUACAUAAAAUUACAAAAAAAAAAGAAAACCAAUUCAAUGAUAGUACGCGGAGAUUACAUUGUCCCCAUCUGCCUUUUCUCUCUUCUGUGUCCCCUUCCCCCAAUGCCUUUCUCCUCGCUCACCCUUCUAUUAUUUCGUUUUCCCGCAGCCCAAUACAUGAAUGUCUUUUGAUAUACAAAAGUGUAAAAAAUAUCCGUUGACGUUGAGGAGCUCCUCCUUGUAUACCCCGUCUGGAGGCACAGCUACUCGUUGGGUAUCAAAGUAACACUCAUAAAAGAUGGUCUGGCCGCGACGUUACAUGUCGUGGGGCCCUCGGUCCUCGGCGCGGCCUAGUACGCUGGCUCCAGCAAACACGUCCUGGGAGCCUUCACAGAACCCCAUGAAAAGUCGGGAUAAUCUGUGCAAUCAAGAAACUGUAAUGCCACAGUGGCCCUCCGAGAUGGAUUCAUUCGACUGUAUCCCAGGACCUUCUACCAUCCCUACUUCUCAAGUGACUGGCGACAGCAUUAUACAAACACCUCUCAGUUUGGGCCUCUCCCAGCUAUCCCCUAUAGACCCUACUCUCACCAAUUAUUCUGCUUAUCCGUACCCUGGCUCAGAAUCACCACAGAGCCAGCAGCAAACUCAGAUUCCCAAAUUCUAUUUAGAAGCAAGCGGAGUCCAACAAAUGGGCCAGAUAUAUAAAAUUCAUGGCACCAGUAUUCCUGUGACGGUCACCCCAGAUUACCAUUCCUCCAUCAAUGAGAGUGCGAUAGAAGCAUUGAGGCUCGUGGACCGCCCCCUUCCCAGGGAGAUAUUGAAACAUACUCGUCCAACUGAUCAAAGGAGAUACGUACAGUUCGAGCUCAUACUCGGAGGCCGUACCUUCCCAGUCUCAGCUAUGGUGAAAAAAGGUAGCGACCUGUCGAUAUCUCUUAGCCAUAAUUCUGAGUUGGCAAAUAUAUUAAACCCAGCACUGGGCUGCUUUUUACAGACCAAUCUUACUAGUAAGUCUAUUAAAAUGCACUUUUCCCUUUGUCCACAACACUAAAUCUUACCUCUAGCCAACGCCCCUCAUCAAGAAGUCACUUGGUCUUCCACAACAUUGCAAACGUCUAAUGGACAAAUACGGCCACCUGAGAAUGUCGCGGCGUUCGAUCAAUCGUCAUGGACGCCUAGCCUCACAGUAGGAAGCACGGUAGGAAGCACAGAUGUGUUUAUCCCAUCCCCGUCGACAGAGGCGGCAAUGUCCCAGACCGGACUAUAUGACUCUGGGCCAUGUGACUUUGGGCCAUGCGACUUUGGGUCACAUGACAUUGGGCCUCAAGCAGAAUACACCCCGAAGGACAAUCCACAACCCUAUACUCAAGGUUAUCGCCCAGGCAAUCAAAACUUUAGCAGUGGCGAUGCUGGCCUGUGAGCUUUUACGAAGAAGACAACGCCUCGCAGAGGGAGCCUGUUCAUUGUUGAUACACAUGCUUCCCUGGGAUGGACACGGCUUUGGAACACCUCCAGUACAUGCUGGCCAUAAAGCAACUUUGAUAGUUCAUCGCCGUCAUACUGUCUAGUAGGAAUCUUGGAUACAUUAGGUACUGUUUCGGCUCGGAGCGGCCUUAGGGGAAGCCUCAUAAAUAUGGCGACCAUGUUAAAAUACUUUUUAU